AAUUUAAUUUCGCUGAACUUUUCUGUAAAAUCAUUACUUCUUCCUCUCAUUUUAAUUAAUUACAAUAUUGCGUGUACACAAUAAGGGCUAAUUAAUAUGAGGAAGGAACUCUCUGUCAAUAUAUAUCAAAGAAAUACAUCAAGAUAUCAUAUCAAAAUUUGAAGAUAUCGAAUAAUCAAAUAAGUAUUUUUAUUAUCUUUCUAAGAAAGUGUACGCGUCAUGCAACUAAAAUGUUUAUACAGACGAAUCGUGUAGACUUUGUACGUGGCUGAUUAUACAAAUUUACUUUGUUAUAACAUUAUAUCCUGAUUCUUCACGCUUUUUUUGUGAUUCAGAACAAUAAUGCGUGCAGCAUAUUUAAAGCAUUGUUAAUGAGAGAUAAGAGUAUUCGUUGUUGUAAGAGGACAGUAUCAAUAUCUGUAAAUAUUAAAGAGAAAUUUAAAAAAUGGCACAAAGUGCUUUGCUACUAUCAAGAAUAGUGGCCCAUUCUAUAACUGCUACAGUGAGAGCAGGUAAAAUUAUAAGAGAUGUUAUGAAUCAUGGAUGUCUAAAUAUAGUAGAAAAAGGCAAAGAUGAUUUACAAACUGAAGCUGAUCGUUGUGCUCAAAGGUGUAUUAUUGCUUCAUUAAGUCAUCAGUUUCCAAACAUCACCAUUAUUGGUGAAGAAGAACCAUCUAAUUGCGAAGUGCCAUCUGAGUGGAUUGUAACAGAGGCAGAUCCAGAAGUAUUAAAAUUACAGUUACCAGCUCAUUUGGAAAAUAUUGAUGCUAAAGAUGUGUGCAUUUGGGUAGAUCCUUUGGAUGGAACAUCAGAAUAUACACAAGGUUUUGUAGAACAUGUUACUGUUCUGGUAGGGGUAGCAAUUGGAAAAAGAGCAGUGGGAGGUGUGAUUCAUCAACCAUACUAUAAAAAUCCUGAAAAUGAUGUUUUAGGACGGACUCUAUGGGGUAUUAAUGGUGUAGGAUUCGGUGGAUUUACACCAGCUGUAGCACCAGCUGGAAAAAGAAUAGUUACUACUACACGUUCACAUUCAGAUAGUAAUGUUCAAGCAGCUAUAAAUGCUUUAUGUCCAGAUGAGGUUGUACGCGUUGGUGGUGCAGGAUAUAAGGUAAUACUUUUAAUGGAAGGGAAGGCCCAUGCUUAUGUGUUUGCCAGUAAAGGUUGUAAAAGAUGGGAUACCUGUGCACCUGAGGCAAUUCUUCAUGCUAUUGGUGGUACAUUAACUGAUUUUUAUGGAGACCGAUAUUCGUACAAUGCGGAGACACCAUACCCAAACGUAAAAGGUGUAUUGGCUACUGCUCCCGGCGAAAUUCACCAGUGGUAUUUGAAUAAGAUACCAGAUGAAGUGAAACAAAAAUUGAAACAAUAAUGUACGUAGUCUUACGCAUAAAAAGCGAUUUAAUUUAUAUUUACAUAAAUUAUCGAAAUAUCCUGAUAAUAUGACUAGAGUGGAAAGUCCUUAGAAAGGAUUUCCUAAAAAUUUCAAAUUCUGUAUAAGUAAAAAUUGAGUUGUUAAAAAAAUGUUUCGACAAAAGUUUAUAAAUAUUAUUUUAGUUGUUAA